AUGAGAGUAACCCCCCUGUGGAUAAUAAGCUUCCUGUUUGCCCUCGCGUUGGCACAUGCCCUUGAAAAUGAAGUUAAACAAGAAAUCGAAAUUAUUCACAAGAGCGUCGUGAAGAAGGUGCCGUUGAAAACGUGGGUCGAUUUAGUGAAUGACUCUAUUAGUGUGAUAAUCGAAGCAAACAAUUUAAAAAACAAAAAAUUGCAGGAGCAAGAUUUGAUAAUUUGGAACAAUGGCAAACGUAUGAAUGAGAAGUAUUUUAACUCGGAUCACUUCCAAAGGGGAAAUAAAAAUGUGUACGUUUUUUUGUCCGGACAGGUUGGGGGUGAAAACUGCUUCACCGCGGAGAAUAUUUACAACACGCUUGCGGACCAAGUUACCAAAUACACAGGUGUGAUAAAAAAAUAUUUACAUUUGGACGACAACACCAGCGAGGAAUGGUCGUCAAUGAAGGAGCUCUUGCUACUUUUAUUGAAGUCGAAGGAUCUGAGGGAUAUGGUUGUUGGCAUAAAAACAGAUGAGCAUAUCGAGGCUGUGAGGGAGAAGAUUCUGGAGUUGACACAGAAGAAUAAAAACUACCAAAUUUUUUUUGACAUUCUGAAGGAACACAAAAUAGUGUAUAACAUCCUCGACAGCAAGGUCAAGUGGAGGGCCUUCGUGAAGGAGAACCUCGACAAUUUGAAGAAGUUGCUCGAGCCCUACUACGCCAAUGCGCGGGCGGGCGACUUGUGA